CUAAUGCAUUCCAACAACACGGCACGACACAGUACGAAUGCUUUUAUUAGGGAGGGAAAGGCGAUCGUUGUGUGGUGGCCUGUUUGCUUCCCCGCCCACCGAUUGCCAAGGACACUGACUCUCAAGCACAAGCAGAAGAAGAAGAAGCUCCAAGCCCUCUUCUCCUCUGUCUCUCUCUGUCUCUCUCUGCAUCCCUCCUUCCUCCUUCCCUCUCCGGUCACUCUGCCUUUGCCAAGAAAAUAAGCUUCUCUCGGCCAAGCUCCUUGUGCUGGAUCUUAACCGAGCUGUCAAGAGCGUGCUGGUUGGCGUAGGAUCUUGUAACAUUCUGUCCGUAUCGAUUCGAGAAUAUGACGAUCGCUACAGCCGUUUUGACUGGGAAAAUGCCCAUUGAGGCUACUCCGGUUGGAAUUGUCUCUCAUCAGCGUGGUUUAAGCAUACGAAGACCUGGAAUUCCUACUGCAAUUUCAACUGUCCAAGGAAGGCAUUUCGAAACACCUGGAAAGAGUGCUCUUCACAAGAAGUUUGUGUGCUGUUCGGAGAAUUCAUGCCUCGGCGACAAGACGCGCUCUGCUUCUGCUAAGGAUCGUAACGAGAAUGAGGUGACGAUGUUCGCUAGACAGGCCUUCUACAAGGAAGUAAGCGCGCACAAGUGUGAUGACGCCGUCUCUCUCGUCAAGGAAAGGAUUCAUAUCAAGAACUCUUGGCAAAGAGGGUGCUCUGCUGAUUUCAGCCGAGGACCAGGCCUUCAUAUCUUUGAAUAGAGAGAAGGACAAUCUUGCUGUUCAAAACGAGAUUUCCCACCCUCUUGUCUCCUCGUCGUCAUCAAGGGCAAGAGGGAACGUCGAUCCCAAAGAUAUCAUGGUAGGAGAUUUGAGUAUUGGUGGAUGGAUGGAGAAAAUCGAUGCACUUGUAGCUGAAGUAGAAAAUCAUCUAGAUGGUGACAGACAUAGAUGGCGGCCGCUGCAAAUUUUGAAGGCAGUCAACGGCGUGCUGUACAAGGUGUUGGAUUUCAGUCGGGCAUCUUCAUCCAAUGAUCCCUUUCAAUCAUACAUGGAUCAUGCGUUGGCUUUUGGAUCGGGCACAGGGGUGCUUUUGGGCAUAAUCUACAUGGAGGUCUGCAGGAGAUUAGGUGUGAAGAUGGAAGGAGCGGCCGUGGACGAGUCCUUUCUUGUCUGGCCUCUUCUCGAUGAUUCUGCACAGAUGGUAUUUGAGCCUUGCAAAGGCGGGAAAAGUUGGAUGAUUGAAGAUUUUUCACAGUGGCGAUCAUCAACCUCGUCACAACAAAAUUCUAUCUCCUCCACCGUUGGACGUGUGUUGGACAUUUCGGUUGUUCGAACUUUGGAAUCUAAAUCCAACAGGGACAUCCUCGGCUUGAUUCUAAAGAGCUUGAAAAAUGUGUACUGGAGGAGGGCAGUCAAGUCGAGACCAGGUCUGACUCCUGAUUUGGCACUGCAGCCAUACAUGUCUAGGUCGAGCUGGGCAAUUAACAACGCAGGGCUUCCAGUUGGAGCUAUGCUUCGACCUGAGGAUCUUAGAUUGACUGUGAUGGCAUUAGAGCGAUUGGUUCAUUUGGAGCCUAGAAACUGGGCUUUACGGAAAGAAUAUGGCAUGGUUUUAUAUCACAGCCGACGAUAUGAUGAGGCCGUACUGGAAUUGAGUAUAUGCAUGGCACUAGCUCCGCUGCCUGAGGAAGAGCUUUUGCAGCCAUUUGUGGAGCGUCUACAUUUGAUGCGGAUGGAGUCUACUUGGAAUAUUUUCAGUUCCUCAAGUUCUCCUUCAGCAUUCGUAUAGAUGGGUAUAAUUUUGCAGCAUUCUGACCAUUUCUAGCCUUCGUGGCCCGAACAAUUAUGCAGGCCGCAUAACAAUCUUAUGACUCACUUUUAAGUUAUAAGAGAGCGAAUACGAUUAAUUUUGUAGAUUUUGCGAUAACGUUUGAACCUAGACAAGAUUAAGGAGGAUGUUUGUGCAAUGGUUACUUUCCAGCAUACUGCAGCAAUGCUGGUGUACAGAUUCUUUUAUAUGGCAUAUAUGUACAUACACUCUGAAAGUGGCAGAUCUAAAAAGCUGCUCAAAUCAUGCAUUCGUUAUUAUUGCAAUACGAUUAGAUUUUCAAAGUGGAUGUGAAAUUAUUUCUU